AUGUGCCACUGUGGUGUCAUUACGCACAAGGAGCUCUCCAAGCACAUCUGGACCUUUAAAGAUAAAUGCUGAUGCUGUCUCUCUGAAGGAAGAAAGAAACAACCUCUAACGUUUUGUUGGUUUUAUUGAUGACUGAUCUGAGCUGUUGGACUGUCAUUUAAAGAAGAUUAGAUGAUUCUUCAGAGCGCGAGGAACACCGGACCCUCAACGAGAUGUCCCGCUGACCUCUGACCCUCGCACCAUGGACGUCCAUCUGCAGGGCAACCCUCAGCUCCACUACGGGGUCAACGGGGGUGCUGGUCGAAGCUCCAGAUCAGGCGACGAUGAUGCGCUGAAGUCCUUGAGCCAGGAGGAGCAAGAGUGCCUCCAGUUUUUCGAGAAGACCAUUGACUCAUUGGAGGAGAGUCUGGAGGAAAACGACCAGAGGAGGACCCCUACAAGCAGCAGCCGUCCUAUCAGAGUCAACAGACCCCAAACCUCGCAUCCCAUUGUGUCCUCCCUCUUAGCCAGACAUCCAAGUCCCAAAGACCACGAUAUCAUAUACCUGGUCCGCCCAGAAUCGGACUUGUUGCAGACCAAAGAGCCCAUCUUCAAUCCCACCAGUCCAGAUUUUCAGAGUAUGAUGCAGAAGGACAACUUGCCUUCAGAGUACAACCCUCCCCUUCCAAGUGGCAGCUAUGGGGCAGACAGCCCCUCCUCCUACCACCCACCAGGCUGUAUCCCCACCCCGGUCCUGAUUGCCCAGCAGAUAGCAGAGAACCAGGCAGGUGGAACCUCUAACUUCACUCGCACCCCAUUCCUCCGCGAUAGCAGCCAGGAGUCCGACAAGUCAGUGAGCCCCAGCAGUGAUCUUCCUGUUAGACAUGGUCCUCCUACCUCCACUAAGCCUUCCCGCUUUCCUUCUAACAUCAACAUUAUCCACGGCAACAAGGAGCACCAGAACCCGUCGCAGGCUAAUGUGAACAUCCAGGAGAGACGGGCGCAGAUGCUGGCAAACCUAACGGGAACGUCAAACCCUCUGCUGCAGGAAGAUUCUCAUCUGGCCGUGGAGCAGAUAGAUCGAAAUACUCCCACUCGCAGCAUUUCCUUCAAGGACCCCUCACCAGCCCAAUCCAGGUUGGAGGCCUUGUCUAAGCUGGGACUGAACAGGAACCGAGCUAUGUCUGACGGUGUGUCGCCGCUCACCAACCCUAACAGAACCUCUACCAGUGCCAAACCUCUGGAGGCCAUUGCUCCCCCAAAAAUAGAAACCAGCGCCAAACCUCUGGAGGCCAUUGCUCCCCCAAAAAUAGAAACCAGCGCCAAACUUCUGGAGGCCACUGCUCCCCCAACAACAGAAACCAAUACCAAACCGCUUGCUCCCCCAACAACAGAAACCACUGCUAAACCUCUGGAGGCCAGUGCUCCCCCAAUAACACCAACAACAGGAACCUUCGCCCAAUUGCCAGAAGUCAAUGUUACGACACCACGUCUGAGUCCGUUUCAAGUUGAUAGAAAACCAGAGAUUCUGCAGACAGAGUCCUCCAGGAUGCAUGAAGAUAGAAACCGGCAACCGAGCCCUUCGCCUCCAGCAGUCACACCGAGCAGAAACCGGCAACCGAGCCCCUCGCCUCCAGCAGCCACACCGAGCAGAGACCGGCAACCGAGCCCCUCGCCUCCAGCAGUCACACCGAGCAGAAACCGGCAACCGAGCCCCUCGCCUCCAGCAGCCGCACCGAGCAGAGACCGGCAACCGAGCCCCUCGCCUCCAGCAGCCACACCGAGCAGAGACCGGCAACCGAGCCCCUCGCCUCCAGCAGUCGCACCGAGCAGAAACUAUCCACCUCCUUUGGAAGAUAUGGCCUCUUUCACCCCUCCGCCUGAGGUCACCUCGCUGGAAUCAAACAGCUACGGUGGGAAAUCUAUCGUGGUCAACCCUUCUGUUUCCUCCAAGAGCGAACCAAGAGCUCCAACUAGCCAUGAACCCAAAAUCCUCCCAACUGCGCUGGCUAACCGCACCGAGUUCAACCCAUACGGAGGAAAAACCAAAGUCAUGAACCCUGCUUCUGUAGCCGCGACCAGGGGCCAGCUUCCCGACAUCCUCAGCUCCCAUAUCGACAAGAAUCAAACCUUGCCCGCCAAACCAGAGCCGCUACCCACUGAGCUUAACAGUUACGGAGGAAAGAGCCGAACCUUCAACCCUUCCUCCGCCGGGAUGAAUCGCCCUUCAGUCAGCCCGGCAAAGAGUGUCAAAGCUCCAGUCCCGACCCCGGCUCCAAAACCUCCUCGGCACUCCUACCACGGCGUUACCCAAAAACCAGCGGCGCAAGCCUUGUCCCAUGAACACAAGCAGAGAUCCAGCUCCAUGUUUCGUCCCCAAGGCAUCACCGUGCAGUUUUCUGGACGAGGGGCGAUGGACGAAUCGCGCAGGGAUGCGUUGAGGAAACUGGGGCUGUGGAAAGACUCUUGAUAAACUAUGGAAAUUAAUUCGUCAGUCUCCACCUGUUGAGCCUGAAUCUCUGGUGUGGUGGAGGUGGAAUGCUAGGAGUUUCUCCAUGUGUGUCUGAGUGUGAGGUGUGGUUGGAGACAUACUUUCACAGAGGAAUGGACCUGCACAGCCAGUUCUCACUUCCUGGCAAUAAAAAAAUAAAACUGACAAAGGAGUGUGACGCGGUGCAGCUGCUGCACACUUAAAAACUGCUUUAUGUUGCCUCUGAUCCAAGACAUCGUAUACCUCCGCACAAGAUAUUUUGGAAUGAACUGAUAAUGUAAAGAGAAGCAUCCUCUUUCUGCGGGAAUCAAAUUUUUGGUCUCCCAUCUCACCUUUGUUUGCCUACAAACGAGGCUGAUUGUGAACAGCCAAAUUUCUUAAAUCGGGGUUGAGGUUAAACACGCUUUCAACCAUUUCACAAGGAAUAGUAGGCCUCAGGUCCAGUGCUCACAGAAUAGGACAAUCUUGUAACGGGAGAGACUUCAGAGACCAGGUCUACAGCACACUGAUUAACGUUUUGACAUUUCGACGCCAACUGCGUCUUCAUCAGAGUCAAAAGGCUCUAAUGAAGACGCAGUUGGCGUCGAAACGUUAGUCUUCUAAUAAAGCUGAUUGCCUUAAAUCCAUGUGCUCCAGUGUGCUUUGGACCUGGUCUCUGAAGUCUCUCUUGUUAUAAUAUCUUUGAUAUUGUCAACAAAUCCCAUGAAAAGACCAAAACUAACAAUGGGGGUCAGUGGGGGCCCCAUAGCCCAGUUUUGCCCCAGGGCCCCCAAACAGGCUAUUCUGGCACUGGUGAAGAUGUAUGUCUUUAGUUGCAAUAAGUAUAAGAAUAAUUUGAGCUACAAAUUGUAUUUUAAAUCUUUAAAGUUUGUUUCUGUAUCCAGUUUAAGUUAUAUUAUUUGUUUUACGGUGUCACUCUCCUUCUAACAGCUAUCAGCAGAGUGAAAUUAAUGUUCAUACACAGGCUGUGAAGUUACACGGGAGCAUUUUUUUUUUUAUUCACUGGUUUGUUUACCGACUUUGGGCAUUUUAGUCAGUGGUGAGUGUGUGUUAUUUUUCUGUCAGCACUUUGGGGGAAAGAACAAAGUUGGAGGCACUUUUCUCUAGUGCAAUUUUAUUACUUCUGAUAUCACCAAAACGAUGUUUUAAAGAGACAUGCAUACGGACAAGUGAACAAUAGAGGAUCCAGUACACUAGAAGCUGCAGAAGUUACAGUGAAAAGAGCGUUUCUAGAAAUAUGCAAAGCUGAGCUGGAGGAUAUUUUUACUCCACGGACAAAACCUCCCACACCAAACCACAGACUGCGGAAUGGGUUUGUGGCCAGGGCUUUUACUUUUCUACUACGCCGAGGGAAUACUUUAAACCUGCUCUUUAGGGAUGGGCGAACACAUGGCAUUGUACAAAACACAAGCACUAAAAACCACAGUCUAGAAAUACAUCCUGGAUUACUUCUCAUUCCUGUCGAGCUGUUGUCGAUAACUUUCGGACAUUUUGCAAGUGUGUUAUUUAACUGUUGUAUCAGCAUAAGCAUGUAUGUAUGUGUGUAUAUGUAUGUAUGUGUGUGUAUAUGUAUGUAUGUAUGUGUGUUUGUAUGUUUACUGGGUUUUAUCCAGACUCCGGCCUCUGUAGUUCACCUACAGUAACUUUUGAAGUAUAUUUUUUUAGUCACAUAAAGUACCACAGUACUUCUACUGUGUGAAUAUGUUUUUGUGAAUGUUUGUUUACAGACUCCGGGUUCUCUGUAGUUCAGCUACAGUCAUUUUUGAAGUAUCUAAUGGUGCAUACAUACAGUAAAUAACUACAUUCUGUAUAACACAGCCUACUUUACCAGGAAAUGUUUGUGCAAAGUGCACAGAACUGGGAAUAAAACGUGCAUGCAUGUGUGGUAAAUGGGAAGAUCAGUUGCUGCUACGGUACAACAGCCUCGUACACUUUCUGACUUUUUGAAAUGUCCGUAUUAUAAACUGUAUAUACUCUGCUUAAUAUAUCUAAUGUUGAAUUUAGGUCAUCAAUCAUUAAACAGAAUAAUAGUAA